GCCCGGCUCCCGGCGCCCGGCGCCCGGCGCCAUGUCGGCGCUGGAGUGGUUUGCGCACAAACCCCUGGGCGGCGGCAUCUUCUGGAUCCAGGAGCGCUUCUACGAGUCGGGCAACCGGGCCAACAUCUGGCUGGUGCGGGGCUCGCAGCGCGACGUGGUGAUCGACGCCGGGCUGGGGCUGCGCAGCCUGCCCGACUACCUGCGCGCCGCCGGGCUGCUGGAGGGCGCCGGCCCGCGGCCGCUGCUGGCCGUGGCCACCCACGUCCACUUCGACCACUCGGGCGGGCUGCGGCACUUCGAGGAGGUGGCGGUGCACAGCGCCGAGGCGGCCGCGCUGCUCCGCGGCGACAACUACGAGGCCGUCACCUGGCUGUCGGACCGCGAGGUGGCGCGGCCGCCGCGGCCCGGCUGGCGGGCGAGGCAGUUCCGCGUCCCCCCCGUGCGGCCCAGCCGGCUGCUGCAGGACGGGGAUGUCAUCAGCCUUGGAGACCGACAGCUCACCGUCAUGCACAUGCCUGGCCAUUCCAGAGGAAGUAUUUGCUUACAUGACCGAGAGCAUAAGAUUUUGUUCAGCGGAGACGUUGUGUACGAUGGAUCCAUGAUUGACUGGCUUCCCUACAGCAGAGUAAGUGACUACGUUGCAAGCUGCCAGCGCCUGAUGGAACUGGUGGACAGAGGUCUAGUGGAGAAGGUACUGCCUGGGCACUUUAACAUAUUUGGAGCAGAAAGGUUGUACCGCUUAGCUUCCAACUACAUCUCCCAAGCUGGGUUUUGUCACAAAGUAUCUACUUGUGCCAUGAGAUCCAUUGCAAGCAUAGCACUUUGUGUCACAAAUUCCAGAGGCACUUCUUCUUGAAUGUGCAUUUUGUGUGGUCUGUCCCCUUGUGGAAAACCAAAUGACUCGUGAAAAUGUUGGUGCAAGCAAAAUGCAGUAUGCAUUAGGGAAGAGCUGGCAAAAUGAUGUGGAUGAGCUGUAAAAGUUCUCGUUUUUGCUGACUCUAUUCCUGUUUUUAUGGAAAAAUGCAAAAGCUAGUAGCUUAGCCAAAGCUGCCAUUUUUCUUUCUAUUUUUUUCAGGGCAUGUUUGCACACAUAUUGUGAUUGAAAUAUAUCGUUUUAUUUUUGAUAUGAUUCUAACAGAUACAUAUAUGCCAAAAUGAGAGGUUUUACAUCCAUGCCUAAAACUUCUUUGAUGUAGCACUAGCAUUGUGGCUGCUCACCCAAAUCCUGCUCAGGUUUUGGCCUAGGACAGCUCAUACUGAUGCCUGAUUUAUGCUGGGAGUAGCACCAAAAUGAGAGCAAUACCAAGGCAGGAUUCAGUGGGCAGAGAGAGAUAAGGACUUUGGUGUAGCUGUUAUCACCCACAGCUCGCUGUCCCCUGCAGCAGUCAUCUCAAGCAUCUUUGCAAAGUAACCGCUUGGCAGUUUUUGCAGAAUCCACUGAUGUAUGGAAACAGUAUAGACCAAACUUCCAAGCUGGAUGAUAUAGAUAACACCAGUUUAACAAAAAAGCUUUUGAUGUGGAUCCCACAGCAGACAGACUACUAGGGCUUUCAUGCUUCCCAGUAGGGUGCAGGGGACACGUGUACCCUGAUGGAGGAGGAAGAAUAAGCACUGUCACUGCCAGGUAGGGAACUGUUUUGCUUACAGGUGUGCUAGCUAAUGAAUUAAUGAAUGCAUGUGUUAUGCUAGACCAUACAACGUGGAUUGGGCCCUUGCUUGGUGUGUUGUUUUUCUUCUUUUCUGAUGAGCUCAUAAAAUAAAGUUUGAUUUAUACACUAGGGUGUUCUCUGAAUUUGGGAGAUACAAAUGGGCUGUUGCAAACGUGAAAGUUUUAUUUGUGUUUAAGAGUAUUUCUGUGUGACUGGAUUGUGACUUGGCUCUUAGCGCUCUGUGGGAGGGACAGGGCGGAGGCAGUAACAUCGCUUUGCCGCACUGCAGGUGCUGGAUGAAACAGCAGGUAUGCUUGCUUCCACACAGGGAAUGUAUCUUGAACUGUUUACAGUUUGCUUAUGAAGUGUUUUGGUGCGUAUGGAGAAGUAAAGCACUUGAGUCUGUUCUAAAAAAAAGCUGAAUACAUUGAGGAAUGCCAAGUGACAUUGUAACUUGCUUUUGAGCCUGGAAUGUGUGAUAUUGAAAAGUUGUUGAAAUGGUUAAUGUUCAUGUAAUUAUUAUAACAGUCUAUGUACUUAUCUUCUUUAAAAGGACACUGUCUGAUGUUGUUUUAAUAUAUAAACAUAUACUUUCCUAAUAAGAUUGCAAAUGUUUUUGCCAAAUUUUAGUGGAGUUUUACCUUAUUUGUUUGGCUUUCAUGUUAUGUGGAAGCUUUGUUUCUCCCUCUCAUACCCGACAGAAAGGGAGCCCAGAGUUUGGGCCUGAAGGCAUGGGAGAGUCGAAAUUAGUGGCCUUGUUAAUAGGUGUAAAUUCCAGAGAUAAAAACGGCCUUUUUUGGGAAACCAGUUGCAAAAUAAAAAGCACGUCUGUCUAAAAGUGAUGUAGAGUAUCUUAUGUAGCCCUCUUCUCCUUUCACAGCUCACUGCACUCCUGUCUUUACUAUUUGAGUAUAUUCUUCACUGAGAGUAGUACUGAUAGGCUGCCUCAUUCUUGUUAGCAGUGCCUGCUACAAGCUGUAGCAAAAUUGUACAGUAGGUAGAACAAGUGUAACCGUGUGGCACCUGCAAGACUUGUUAUCACUUUGGAUCAUAGUCUCUCUUUUGGAGUAAUUCAGGUAUGCUGACGUAUUACAUGGGGAGUGUUUAAUCAGUGGAUAGGUUUGUGUCAUAUAUGAAGCCAAGAGCAGUUUGUUUGGCCAGAGGAAGGAAUAGAAAAGGUUAGUUAGUCCGGGAAGCAAAAAAGCCAUUCCGUGAAGAGGCACAGAACAAACUUCACCUUGUGGCUUUCUUUUUUUCUCUGCUGACUAACACACUGCUUGUUUUGUAGCAGUCCACACCGUUCUUUAUAGUCAAGGGUUCACAGUGGGCAGUCACAUUGGUGGGAAAGUCAGAAUGGGUGAAGAAAUACAUAGCGGUGAAGCUCACACCAGUUAUCUGGAUGAAGCCAUGGUGCCUCAGGUUACCCAACAGCAAUGGUUUGAAUUCCUCCAAAUUAGACAUCUGCAGCAUCAUACCAGUAGUAAUCUUGCUUUAUGAUUUUGUGAUGAGUGCAGGAGCACUCAUGAUAAACCUGUGCAAUAAUUUCGAGAACAGAGACCUGUUUUGUCACAAAGUCUGCCAAUAUCUAGGAGAUUGCUAGAGUUUCAGAAGUGUUAAUUAGCAGAGUGAGAUCAGUUUGAAUUAGCAUUUUGUCUUACACAACUGUAGUUUCACCUAUUUGUUCUCCCCUUACAAGUCCUGAAGCCAGAUUCUACUGUACUCAAACCAGAGCUCCUAGCAGGAGGCUCACAGGUAUGCCAAUUGAAAAGGCAGAUUUCCUCUUUCAUUUGUGUUUAAAUCUGUGCUUAGUGUUAGCUAAAAGACCCUUAAGUGUCCAGGUCACUGUUAAAAUGCCCUAUUGAACCAUACUUAAGACCAUUAAGUAUAUGUAGAUAACAGCAAUUACCUGUUCCUUAUUUUCCUUUACAGGAAUCUGUGGAGUAAUAUCCUAGAUCAGAAGUGAGCUUUAUGUGAACGUAGCCCAAAAUGGGGUGAGUUAGUAAACUGGUAAACUGCUGCUAUAAUCCCGUUGAAAGUAGUUUUUGAGGUCUUGAGAUUAUUUUUGUAUUAUAAUUCACUAUUAGGUAAAAGAUAUGUUUUAUAUAAAGAACUAUCUCUGACUAUUUUUGUUAAGUAUUACCAAAUUUGUCGUUGAGAGAGUUUGACAGUGUCCCUUUAACACUGCUUGGAUUAAAUAUUUAAAACAGACAUUGUAAGUUUAAAUAUUGCAACAUUUUGGACAUUUGGAACUGUGUUGCUUUCGUUGUAAAAACUAAUGUAUGUUAAUUCAGUUUUCAGUACGCUAGAGAAUUUACAAAAAAUUCAGCUGGGAAUUUGUGCUCUGUAAUUUGUCAAAACUUGUGGUGUUAAACAACAGUUUACACAGACAAAAAAACAUAAAUAAUGAUAAUAAAAGUGUUACAGUUCUA